GACGUUUUUCCCCCGCCGCAGCUGUGUGGACAGCGCCACACGUCCUCCGAACGACAACGGCUCUUGCGUGCAUGUUCCAGUGUUUCUUCUGUCAGAGAGCCCAGCAGAGCCGCAGUUCUUCCAGGGCCAGCCCUGAGCUGAGCGACGUGUGCCCGGCAGAGAUGGUGAAGAUGACAAAGUCCAAAACUUUCCAAGCUUACCUGCCAGACUGUCACCGAACGUACAGCUGUGUCCACUGCAGAGCCCACCUGGCCAAUCACGACGAGCUGAUCUCCAAGUCCUUUCAGGGAAGUCAGGGACGCGCCUACCUCUUCAACUCUGUGGUGAACGUGGGCUGUGGCCCCGCAGAGGAGAGAGUCCUCCUCACUGGCCUGCACGCUGUCGCAGACAUCUACUGUGAGAACUGCAAAACCACACUCGGGUGGAAAUAUGAACAUGCUUUUGAGAGCAGUCAGAAAUAUAAGGAAGGAAAAUUUAUUAUUGAGCUUGCCCACAUGAUCAAAGACAAUGGUUGGGAGUAAAGUGAAGACUUCCUGUUCUCUUUUGGAUACUGUUUUGUGAAAGAGACUGUAAUGUAAUGAAAACAUAGGAGCAUCCUGGAUGACAAUAUUUCUUGACCUUGAACCUUGCAAGCCAGCCUCUCCUGGCCGUUCCCAUGGGUAAGGCUCCAUCCGGUCUAUGUCCUCUUCAUGUACUUGGUCGUUUCUGAAAUAUUUCAAUGACCUUUUUCUAAUGUUUCAAGUUCUAGAGAAAAAAUUAACCACCUGAUGACUUAUCCAUAUAGUUCAUACCUUCUUUAACCUACGCCUUUAAGAUACAGUUUGGCUGUGCUCUUUCGUGUUUGAUAGAAACCAAGCUGAAUCUCUGCAGACCACAGGGACAAGGUCUCUUAGGGAGCAGGUUUUACCCAUUUUUUAGAGUGAAGGUUUUAUAGUCCACUGGUUUCCUAAUUUACAAAAUUACAAAUUGGUUAUUUUGCUUAUGAAUGAGCUGUUAAGUCAUAGUGCUCAUUUCAGAAUUUUCCAGAAGCAGUCAACAAAUCUGUUGUAUACACCAAGCGUGCUUUUUUUUUUUUCCAGCCUUGUUCAGAAACAGGGGAUGCCAGUGAUAACAUUUUAGAUAAGCUCUAAAUAGAGAAAUGUGUCCAAUGGAUCAUCUUGUUUAUUUAAGCCAAUAGCUUUCUCAUCUAGAAAGCAAGUGAGCUAGUCGCUAGCGAAGGGCCACAGUCCUGGACACAGGGCUCCCGAGGUGGGGCUUCUGUGUGAGUCUGGCCCUGGGUGGCUGGUCCAUGGAGUAAUAAUAGUUCAACACACUGGACCGAGUGAAUCGGAUUUCCUUCCUACUCUGAUGUACUUGAAGAAAAAUAAUUAUUUUUACAUAUGAAAGAAGCCAGAACUAACAGGAUAAACUUUCAAACUUCAGAUUUGAUAGUUUGUUUUAAUGUUUUCAGAAAAGUUUGAAGUUGCGAGACAGACGUAAACUUUGUAAAUGAGAUGUUUGGUUUGCUCAACGGGUCGCCCUGCCUUGCUUGGCUCUGUCUUAUGGGCUGACCCAGAAGGGGCCCGGGCAGCCUCCUAAGUCCUGAGUUUCCACCCUGUAGUUUAAGUUUCAGUCCACCGGGCUUCUGCAGGGAGUGGGCAGUACGCAGGGGUUUUGGCCAAUUUGCAGAAAAUGGAGGCCAAAAAACAUUCCCAAAUAAGUUUUGUUUUUUUACUAUUUGAACCUGAAAAGGGCCUGGGGAGGCAGGGAGAAAGGAGAGCAGUGUGCCCGUUGUUUCUCAGCCAUUAGGACGGCGCAGGAGCUGCCCUCUGGGGAGCUUUGUCCAGUGGCAGCGAGCCUGCGCCCUCUCCCUGACUCCAGCCUCCCGAGCCUGGAGCCGUGGUCCGUACAGGCCGUGGGCUCCCUGCCCGGUUCUGGUUCAGCUGCUCACCUGGAGCCUCCCUCUCGGCACCAUCUCCGCCUCAGUCUCAAAGCCUUGCAGCACGGGAAACGUUGCUGCCCUGGGCGCAGGGACACCAGGGCGAGUCAGCACACGGAGGAACCUCCGUCGCCCAUCUUCGACUGAUGGAAGAUCUUUGCCCCGCUGUGGCGGGAGAUCUCUGCGCCAGCAGGCGCUCUGGCGGGCCGCUGCUUCUUUGAACUGCUGGCCCCAGAAAUCUAGGCUAUCCCAGCACAUCCCAUGUAUCCAAGUGUCUCAAGUUCAGCUGCGGCAGCCGCUUGGCCUCCAGGGUGCUGUCACUCACAGGGCACUUGCUGCCAUGAUCGGAAGUCGGAAGACACUGCGCUGGUGCACUGGCACGUGAAAUGGCAAACUCCUGCAGCUCAGUCCUUGGGGAAAAUGCGGAGGACACCUCCCGUGAGAAGUGAGUAGUAAUUAUUGAAAACUUGGCCCAAACUGACCUCCCCCUUCUUGGUUUGGUCCCUCUGUGAUCCUCAGUGCCGCGUCUGGACACUCUGGGGACCAGGCAGACAGGGCGGGGUUGUGUGACACCCACUGCCGCCCGAGGGCAGCGACCCCUGAGCGCUCCUCCGUGAGGUCUCCACGUGAACCGAGGACUCUUCUAAAAUUCUUCCGACCAGUUUUUGUAUAUACU